CAAAAAGUGAAAAGAAAAAUCCCUUCCUUGGGCUGCAAGUCAUCCCUGCAUUAAUAUGUAGUCUCUUGACUUCAAUAACCAAUCAAAAAUAAUGCUGGCCAUGUCGACCCUCAGUUUUGAAACUGAAUGCAGAGAGAUUCAUGGUUCUUGGGGACAGCUAAACCGAUUGGCUCGAGCUUUGGCGAAUCGAACGCGGCAUGAGAGGCAACAGAUUAGAGAAACUUACAAGUCAAUCUAUGGAGAUGACUUGGUAAACAGACUCAAAGAAGCAGCUGCUGCUGGGAUUUCACCAAAAUUAUGUGCUGCCUUGUCUAUGUGGAUGACUGAGCAGCACGAGCGUGAUGCUGUCGUGGUCCGCGAGGCCCUUGAUGAUCAGAAAGGCAAUACAAACUACAACGCGCUUGUAGAGAUUUUUGUGGGUCGAAAAUCGAGUCAUAUCCUUCUUAUCAAGCAAGCAUACUACAGAAGAUUUUGGAGGCAGUUAGACCAAGAUAUCAUCAACAUCGAGCCUCCCAAUCCUUACCAAAAGAUACUGGUAGCAUUGGUUGCAUCACAUAAGGCACACCAUGCGGACGUUAGCCAACAUAUCGCGAAGGUGGACGCAAGGAGGCUUUACGAAACUGGGGAGGGGGGUUCCGGUCCCAUAGAAGAAGCCGUUGUCUUAGAAAUACUAAGUAAACGGAGUAUUCCGCAGCUUAAGCUUACAUUUUCGUGCUAUAAACACAUCUACGGACAUGAGUAUACAGAGUCCCUGAAAACCAGAAACUACGGAGAACUUGAAAAUGCAAUGAAAAUGGUAGUACAAUGCAUCUACAAUCCACCUGACUAUUUCGCUACGAUGUUGUAUGCAAGCAUGAAGGGGUGUAUCAGCGACGAAGGUGCAGUGCGACGUGUGAUGGUGAGCAGGGCAGAAGUAGACAUGGAUGAAAUUAAAAGGGAGUUUAAGAUGAAGCAUGGGAUGGAACUGAGAGAUGCAAUCUGUGACAACAUCCCGUCCGGCGACUAUAGAGAAUUUCUUGUUGCUUUGACGGUCUCGAAAUCAAAUGAAUCUGUAUAAUUUAUGUGUUGAAGCAUCAUCAUUUUAUAUUUCAACAACUUGAGUUUUGUUUAUUGGAUUUA